AUGUCCAUCGAAGCGAACGAGAGACUGCAUGUCCGCCUGAGAGCGGAGAUAACCAAGCUCACAACUUCAAUAAUCUGUCCAUUGGCGAUAGUAUUUGAGCACGCCUUCAACAUCGUAACCCGUGUCUGUUCUAAGCAAGAAGCGCUCACAAGCCCGGCAUGUGGUCUCGAUGAUCCAAUUCUCCAUGACCCUGCCGCAGGUGUCGUCGACGAUGCUGUUGCCGAUCACACGCAUGUUCUCGAGCACGACCACGCGGAAGCACGACUCGCAGUAACCGAAGAUGUUCAGUUGUUGCUCCUUUUCCUGGUUGAUGAUUGCGAUUGUGUCAGCGGUGCUAAAAAGGACUAG